AUGGUCAAUUACACCUGCGAAGCUCCAGUCGAGGGCAUCGUCGGAGCAUACACGGGCAAUAGCUUCGCAUUCCAAGCUGCCAUGGCCAGCCUACUAGGUUGCGCCUUGUACAGCGCCCUCGAGUUGAUCAUCCUGGUCUUCUUGAUAUUCAAGCGCUACCGUGGCUUGUACUUCUGGAGCCUCCUCAUCACAUCCUCCUGCGGCGUCAUGCCCUAUGCGCUUGGCCUUGUAUUGAAAUACUUCGAGCUCGCCCCAAUCUGGAUCCCCGUCACACUAUCAACGUUUGGAUGGAUCAUCAUGAUCACUGGCCAAUCGCUAGUUCUGUACUCGCGACUACAUCUGGUAGUCUAUAACGCCAAAGUGCUUCGCUUCGUGCUGGGAAUGAUCAUCUUUGAUGCCAUCACUAUGCAAAUACCGCAGUUAAUCGCCUCGUACGGCGCGGUUUAUGAUUGCCAGAAAGAUAUAGCGCGCUUCUUCAAUCUCUGGGAGAAGGUGCAGCUGUGUGUAUUCUUCGCGCAAGAGAUUAUCAUCUCAACGAUCUUCAUUGUGGCAGCCAUGAAGCUGAUGCGUUUGAAUCCGACAAGGACCAAGCGAAGAUCCAAUCUCAUGUACCAGCUACUCAUGAUCAACUUUGUGAUUAUCGUGAUGGAUGUUUCCCUGUUGGUACUGGAGUUUUUGAGCGACUUCAUCUUGCAGACGGUGCUGAAAUCUUUUUUCUAUACCGUCAAGCUGAAGCUGGAGAUUGCGGUCUUGUCGCGGUUGAGUUCUUUUGCUCAAGCGCAAGACCAAGGUGGAGGCUCUGGUGUGAGCGGAUUAAGUUGA